AUGAACUGCAAGUCGUGCCGAAAGCGAAAACCCUUGAAGGAUCCAGCGUCCCUCAAGAAGCAGGUACCACGUCUGCGAAGAGCGAAGGGAACAACAGCACCCAAGAUUCGCUUCUCUCACCUGCACCAUCGAGAAGUGCCCCAUGAAGCGCUAAUAGACAUAUACUUUUCACGCUUCCACGACAAGCCGUUUCAUAUAUUUGACGAGUCUACCUUUAGACAACGUCUCCAGCUUAACCAACUCCCAAACUAUCUGCUUCAUGCGCUCUAUGCAGUAGCAGCACGGUGCGCCCCUCACCCUAAUGGUUUCCAGGCCGCUGCCAAACUCAGCGAACAGUACUCUGCGCAAGCAAGACGAGAAAUUGACACCGAUGAGCCAUCUGUGGAUGCGCUCCAGGCUCUUAUCCUCCUCGUAACAGCCUUCACUGCCCAAGGCAAAGGCAAGAAGGCUUACAUGUUGUUAACCAGCGCCGUUGGUAUGGCCAUGGCUCUGGAGCUGCACAGGGAAUUAGACAUCAAUGCGCGCGUUACUUCUAUCGAACGAGAAACACGACGGCGGCUGUUCUGGACAUGCUACUUGCUGGAUAGGUUCUUGUCUUGCGGCUCGAGACGUCCGUGUCUGAUCUCGGAUCGCGCCAUUCUUCUGCGCUUACCGUGCUGGUCGCCCAACCCAGCUUCACUGCCGAUCGAGGGCGACUUCUUCCAGAGCUACGCCAACUUUCAACACAUACAAGCCGGAGGAAAGAAGCAUCAAGGGAGUAGUGCCAUGCUAAUUGAUAUCUGUCGUAUCCUUGGCAUCACGAAUCAGUAUCUGGCUGCUGGCGGUGUUAAGGGGGAUUCCCAUUUCCCCUGGCAUUCCCUAUCCAACCUCUCCAAGAUCCGCCAGGAGCUGGAUAUCUGGGCUUCGGGAACUGAGGAAGUGUUCUCUAGCCUGAAUUCUUUGUUUCGCCGGCCAGACUCCACGAUGCUCGUACUCAGCAAGCUCAUCUACCACCUCAUUCAUUGCCUGAUUUACCGACCUUUUCUACCGAUUGACUUAGCAGAGCUGGCUGGGUCUGGACAGCACCAGUCAUGGCAGAUAGAGGCUACGAACCUGUGCUUCCUACAUGCAAACGCCAUCACGGAGCUGGUAGAGCUUGGCAGGCAAGCAGGGUCGAUUGAAUGGCCGGCAUUUGUGGGCUAUUGCAUCUGCACAGCUGGCACAGUUCACAUCCACGGAGCGCACUAUAGCCGCAUUGGCAACGCUGGGGACAUGAACGUGUUCGCCUCCUCAGCCGACUUCUUGUCACGAGAGAUGCAGCAACUUAGCGAACUACGGCUUGCCUGGGCCUGUGUUCAACACCAGCGCGAAACGCUUCAGCAGAUGUACAACGCGCAUUCAGAGCUUGUGAAGAGCCUCGCUCACAACCCAAUGCGUUACUCACCCGUUUUCCAUCUGGAAGACUUUUUCGACAGAUACUCGAACAUGGGCGGCGGGUCAGGAGGCCCCAGCUUCAGCUUCGACACGGCGAAUCUCGGCCUGUGCGAUGUAGUGCUCGAUUUUGCCCCUGACACGAACCCGAACCAGAACCAACCUCCUGUUUACACGUCCCAUCUCAACCAGACAUCCGAUCCUGGACCUCCUCGCCCCAGCCCCCUUAAGAGGAAGAGUUCAAUGCAGUCUGGCCGGCCGAGGCCUGAGUUGUCAUGCUUACUUUCUCUCAACAACACAGCUUUUAAUACCCCUCCGACGCCCGCUAUGUCGACCCCAAGUAGCGCUCGUCGCUCGAUGUUCGCCACUCCUACCAUGCCAUCGCAACCAUCGCCCAGCAUGAUGCAUUCUCCUACGCCGUUGACGUCGCCGCAUGGGUUACCACAGAAGGUUGUUGGAGGGUUUACGGCGAAUGCGAACAAUCAUCCGACGCCCGUGCCUCAUAACAAUGGCUUGGGAACUACGUUUGGCAACGCCGGUGGUGCGAACAGCGCCUCAACAGCAACGCCAGGCUUCGGUCUGAGUGCUUCAGGCAACGGCAGCGGGACCCAUCACCUACGCAGUCCAACAACUGGGCCAGCCAACGGUCAGGGGUUCGAUCAUGGCUUGUUUGGAGGUAUACCCGCCAACACGUUCUCCACAACUACGCCACCGGGAUGGAAUAGUAGCGAGGAUAAGCCAGGAGGACAGGUCAACAACACUACUGUCGGGAACAUCAAUGCUACAGGCCCAAGUGGUAGUGUCUCUACAACCAGUGAUACGAGUCCAGCGACCACUGCGGAUAGUACGGGCACAACGGGCGGUCCAGGAGAGGAGAAAGAUCCAUUCCUCAGCUUGUUGGAGCAGCUUGCUGAGAACGAGGGAUUACUUGGUGGGACGGGAAGUGAUCUGGAUUUCUUUUUGACGGGGACGCCAGCCCCGCCGCCGGGGACAGCGUGA